ACCGCCUCGAUGAAGUUGUGUCGAAGAUGGCGGAUUUCCUGCCGUCGCGGUCCUUUCUGUCCGUUUGUUUUCCCAAAUGUCUGCUGAACAGCAGCGAGGCGGAGCAGCUGAGGAUAUCCAAGGAGAUUGACAAAUGUAUUUCGCGGGACAAAACGUACGUGAAGCGGCUGGUGAAGAUUCUCUUGCUGGGCGCCGGCGAGAGCGGCAAGUCCACUUUCCUCAAACAGAUGCGCAUCAUCCACGGACAGGACUUCGACCAGCGGGCUAAAGAGGAGUUCAGAGCCACCAUCUACAGCAACGUUAUCAAAGGUAUUCGGGUUUUGGUGGACGCACGAGAGAAAUUGCACAUCCCGUGGGGCGACCCAUCUAACCAGGAACAUGGAGAGACCGUCAUGGCCUUCGACACACGCUCUUCCAAAGUGCUGCAGGGCACGGUGGAGACGAAGGUGUUCAUGCAGUACCUGGCCUCCAUCCGCUCGCUGUGGGCGGACAGCGGCAUCCAGCAUGCCUACGACCGCCGCAGAGAGUUUCAGCUGGGUGAAUCAGUGAAAUAUUUCCUGGAUAACUUGGAAAAACUUGGAAUGCCGGACUACCUGCCCAGUCAGCAGGACAUCCUGCUGGCCCGCAAACCCACCAAGGGCAUCCACGAGUAUGACUUUGAGAUCAAGAAUGUUCCCUUCAAGAUGGUGGACGUUGGGGGGCAGCGGUCGGAGCGGCGGCGGUGGUUCGAGUGUUUCGACAGCGUCACCUCCAUUCUGUUCCUGGUGUCAUCCAGCGAGUUUGACCAGGUGCUGAUGGAGGACCGACAGACCAACCGGCUGAUGGAGUCGCUCAACAUCUUCGAGACAAUAGUCAACAACCGCGUCUUCAGCAACGUCUCCAUCAUCCUGUUCCUCAACAAGACAGACUUGCUGGAGGAGAAGGUCAAGACGGUGGCCAUCAAGGACUACUUCCCAGAGUUCACUGGGGACCCGCACAACCUGGAGGACGUGAAGAACUUCCUGGUGACAUGUUUCCGGAACAAGCGGCGGGACCAGCAGCAGAAGCCCCUUUACCACCACUUCACCACUGCCAUCAACACCGAGAACAUUCGGCUGGUCUUCCGUGACGUCAAGGACACCAUCUUGCACGACAACCUCAAGCAGCUCAUGCUGCAGUGAUGCUGCGUUCCUUCUGGCUCCUUUAACGUCAUUUUUCGUUUUUGUUUUUUGUUUUUGGUUUUGUUUUGUUUUUUUUUAAUGGACCUUCCCCAUCCUCCUCUCCCCUCCUCUUCCCCUCCAUUCUUCUGCAAGUUUGAACUCCGUACAGUAACCUUUCUGAAUAGCUCUGGGGUCUGUUUUGUUGGGGAGAACAGGGCUUAGGUGGGUGAAGAACGCGCCGAAUGGCUGGGUUCGUGUCCGUCGGUCACCGCUGAGUGGCCACGGUGUGGAUGUCAAGUUUAGGGAUGGGAAUGCGUGCGCAUGUGUUAGUAUUGCGCAUCUUACGGCUGCACGAUAUGGACGAAAUACAAUAACACGAUAACAUGGAGGGAAAAGUGCAGAACUGCGCCAUCUGCUGGUUGCGUCCAAAACAUUUCAAAUUGCCAUUUGUUACACCAUGGGGGAAAUUUUUUAUCGAAACUCACUUGAAGCUGGAACUUUUGUGAAUCAUUUCAAGACGUGAAGAGCGCAGCACCAUUUAAUUCGACUUUAAUAGCAGAACAUUUCACACCGUAAUUAGAACCACAAUUAGAACCACAAAAGAAACCCAUAGCUUGGUGCUGGCGCCGCUUCAUGGGAUGUGCGAUCAGUAUUUUUAUUUUUUAACAUUUUUGUCGUUUUGAGCUUCAAUACAGUAUGAAAUAUAAUUAGACUUCUAACGCAGCCCCUCCAGUGCAUCGGUAACCUGAAUGCAAACAGCUGUUGACCACUUUCACAUUGUUGGAAUGUCGAAACUAUAUCUGGUUCAAAAUUGUUUUGAUGCUCUUCACUUUCACUGAUUGGCGCAUCUCAAUUGCAUGCAGUAUCACAGUUGCGAAGGCUGAUAAUGCAAUAAUAAUUAACCAAUCGUAAAUUGUGCCACCCUGGCGCGUAUGUAUGUGUGAUUCUAUGCUCCUGUCUGCCUUUAUUCAGCCUGCCGUGAAGAGGUGCGUGCCAAAAAAUUCUUUUUUUUCCACCCCUCUCUUCCAAGUUACUAACCAAUGUACAGUUGAGUGAAAGUGGGAAGAUACGAGUCCUUAAUUUCACCUUUUGAGCCUUUUAUUACUGACCAAAUAGCGAUAAAGCGAAGGUUUUUAAGAGAUGCGAAACUUGUUUUGAAUUUUUCGUUUUUACUUUUUUUUUUUUUUUUUCCCCCUUAAAAAAAUGAGUUUUCUGAGCCUUUCACAGUUUGUCAUCAAUACCUGCCUGGCUGUGUUUUUAUUUUUAAUGUAGGUUCCUAAUCGGGUCUUGUUUUUAUAUAGAUACAUGAAUAUAUUUACCUGUAAAAAUUUAAGUUAUAUUUUUAAAGGUUUACACUUUUACUUUUGUUUGUUUUUGCCACCACUGAUGGAUUCUGGUUACUUACAGUUGGAAAAACAGUGCACGUUUCAGACCACUUAAACUGAACGUAUAGCGUAAAAACUCAGGGCUGAAUGUCGACCACUUUGUGUUGGGUUUUUGACCGUUUAAAACUUUCAGCAACAUCCACACACACUGUCCAUCAGUGAUUUGUCUUGCUGACCUGCUAACGUCAGCUUUAUUCUUUUUUUUUCUUUUUUUUUUUUCUAGUCCGUUUUCCUUCACGUCAGCAAGAUUCCUCUUUUAGAUUCUGCUUUGACACGUGUCCAUCAGGGAAAAGGGGAAGUGGUGUCUUUUUAAUUUAUUUAAUGUUUUAUUCUUUUAACCCUCUUCAGACUUCUUGACCCUGUUCAUUUUUAAUUAACCGUGAUUAAAAAAAGUAAUUCACAAGUGCCAAAAAUGUAAAAGGUACCCCUUGUUAAAACAGUUCUAAGCCAGUCACAUGCAAAAGGGACAGAGUUCGCCUUGCAAAGAUUUUUUUUUUCUUCCACGUCAGACGUUUAUAGCUGAUGUAUAGUGCCGUGUCCACCCGGUAUGCAGUUCUGUGAAGGGUGUUUUUAAGUGUAUAGUGUGUAUCUCACUCUUUUCUAACCCAUAUGCAACCCACACUGAAGAUGUAAAGCCAUCUUUGUUCGUUUUUUUCUUCCUCGCUAGUGCUGCACGUUCACUCAGAGCCACCUCACAUCUUCCCAGCUCACUCUUCUCUCACCCAUUCAGUAUUGCUGCUGCUUCUUUUUGGCUGGAUCAUCCCGGUUGUGUGGCAACCUCCACAGUGAAUGGUGCCUAUACAUCCAUCUAUGCAUGCAGACACUGUUUCAGGCUCCUGACGGCUGAGGCUGCCGUUUAAACCCCGGCCGAAGGCUCUGCUGCCCCGAGAGCUCUUUGUGUGCCUCAUGUCUCUGGCCGGAGUCCCAGGAGGCUCGUGAAAGGAGAGGUUUUGUUUGUUUUUUUUUUUUCCCCCCUUGUGUACCAGUCAGUGCCCCAACCAAGUGCUAAAGCAGCACUCACUGCUCAAGAGUUCAGUUGGAUGCUUGUUUUGGUUCUAGACUGUGAUAGGUUGAGCUUACGAAGUGUUAAUAAGCCUUUGCUAACAUGGCAAAAUGCCAAUCAUGGAACCUAUGAUAUUGGUCUAUGCUAACAUAGCAAGAUGCUAAUGGUGGAACCUGUGCUAUUUGUGGAAGCUGUGCCAUAUUAGCAUGUGCUAACAACAAAAUGGUAAUCAAGGAACCUGUGCAGUAUUAGCCUGUGCUAACAUGGCAAAAAGCUAAUCGUAGAAUAUGAGCUGUUAGCCUGUGCAAACAGCAAAAUGCCAAACAUGGAACGUGUGCUCUUAGCCUAUGCUAACCUAACAAAAUGCUGAUCACAGAACCUAUGCUGUUAGGCUAUGCUAAUCACAGAACCUAAGCUGUUAGGCUAUGCUUAUCACAGAACCUAUGCUGUUAGGCUAUGCUAAUCACAGAACCUAAGCUGUUAGGCUAUGCUUAUCACAGAACCUAUGCUGUUAGGCUAUGCUAAUCACAGAACCUAUGCUGUUAGGCUAUGCUAAUCACAGAACCUAAGCUGUUAGGCUAUGCUAAUCACAGAACCUAUGCUGUUAGGCUAUGCUAAUCAUAGAAUUCAUGGUGUUUGUUUGUGCUAACAUGCCAAACUGCCAGUAAUAGUCUGUGCUAUGUUAGCCUAAACUAGCUAAGCUUAUGCUAUAUUAGCAUUUUGCAGUUACAUCCCAAUAAAAUGGUUCUUGAAUUGUUCUUUAAGGAAAAAUAAUGAUGUCUGAAGGCAUGAAUACUCACGGAGACAUUUGAGUGCAUAAAUGGUUCUUUGCUUGGCUACAGGGUUCUUCUCCAUGAUGGAAAACCUGCUGAAUAUGGUUCUUUUAUAAAAAUGUUUCUCUCUAGCACCAUGGAGGGUUCUAGAAGUUACAGAACCUUUUUUCUAUUACUGUAAAGAACCCACGUGCUAAUUGUGUAAUCUACUUUCCACUUCCCAAAUAUAAACAAACUUGAUCGAAUUUCAGCUGUUUGAAUUGACGGUUGUGCAGUGACCACAAGCCACAUUGCGCCUGUAAGAAUAUGUUUGAACUGCUUCUUAAUCUGUAUGAAGUCUAGUUGUUGAUGUGUUUUUCCUGCUUUUAUUGUACAGUCAUGGCCAAUCGUUGCUGUGAACCCUGAGAGGUCAGCUAGACGUUCCUGAGGAAAGGUGCCUUCAGAUUUCAGAAAGCAGCAGACGUUAUUUAUGAGCCGUUAGCGUUUGUUUUAAUGUAAAGUUUGACUCGUAUCAACAUGAAGAUCCGAAUGGUUUUUGAAUGGCUUUAGUUUGGGAAAUGGUAGGAUGCUGGUUAGCAAACCCGAACACACAAAUUAAGACGCAUCAGAUGUUCUAUUAGCUCUGCUGCGUAGGGCUGCACGAGAUGGACAAAAUGCAAUAUAUUCCAGUUGCAUGCCACUUACUGCACCCUUGAAGUGGCAUGGCCUGCAUCAGGGCUGGGAACCAAAGUCGGCUCUGGACUUUUGUCUAUACCAGCCCACUACGACCACAGUGACCUUCCUCGACCCUCAAAAACCAAACGUUUGUUUAGAGGCUGAUUUGCCUGUUUAAACCUCAGAGCAGAGGUCUGUACCUCCAUAAUCAUUAACAAGCGAAAGUUCAAGGAACGUUCAGUUUACUAUCUCUAACCAGCAGCUGCCCAUUGACUUUCAUUAUAGGCGAGUUUUGAGUCGGCAUGUUUUCUGUUAAGAGACGCACGUUGAAAUUAUGGUCUGUGCUAAAUGACAGUUUGUUACAUGUGCAGUAAAUAGAGACAAGGUUGAAACUUAAUGAUGUAUUCCUUUAAAAAGCUUCGGAACAGCUCAGCUGCUGCUGAACAGGAACGGUUUGCUGCUAGCCUGUUAGCUGUUGGCUGAAUUUUGAACGUGCCUCAGUUGUUUAGGUUAUUAUUCUGUGGCUUGUAACUGUGAGAGAAACUAAAUCUCCUCCAAAACCAGACUGUUAAUGCUUUUUGUUUGUUUGUUUAACCAAAACAGAAAGUGACCGGCGUUAUGCUUCCGUGCUCGUUUUCUGCUUAGCAGGCCAGAAAGCGAAGACAUUUCAGCAACCACACACGUGCCUCGUUUUAGAGUUUUCACUGUAGUCGCGUGCCGAGGCAGGAGGUUUUGAAAAUAAAAAGAAAGCAAUGCUGUAAUUUAGACACAGAUACACUACUUUAAUUAACCUGUAUUUCUGUGCCUGUCGUCACUGUGAGAAAGAAAACGACUUUUACUGACGUCUCAAUGCUGAACGUCACAGUUACGAUGCAGGUUUUGCUGUAGUUUAUCUUUGUAAAUGUGUUAAAACAGUGUAUAAAACAAAAUGGGGUUGAGUUACUGUCAUUUUUUUGGGAAUGUUGCAAACAAAAGGAAAAAAAAAGACGCAAUCAAAAACGGCUUAAAUUCUAAGCUUUUCCUCUUUUCCCCCAGAAAAUCAAGUACGCUGAUUAAUGUUUAGUUAUGCAGAGGAUUAGGUCUGAAACUCAGUUUCCUAGUGCCUCCAGUUUUUAAUGCCUCAAACCUUUCCAAGCCUUUUUUUCUGUUUUUAUUUUAAAUUUUGUACUUGGAUGAUUCAAAUUGUUUUGCCUUACGUGGAUGUUUUCUAAAUCCUCAUUUUCUAAUCCUACUAAAAAAGUAAAUGUCAAGGCUCUAGCUUCCUGUCAGUACAGAAUACUGAAACACUCUCCAUGUACAGUCUAACCUCUGCUUUCUCACCCUUUUCCAUCCUUCAAUAAAAUAAAACAUUUUUAAAAAUA